GUGUAUCUCGUAAUUUUUUCCCUUGAAUAAGUUCGCGUAGGUUUCGGUGACAGAAAAGAUGUGAAUCGUUCUCAGAUGAUCUUGUUAAGUAGAAAUAAGUGGGAGGCGAAAAAAUGUGUAAACACAGCGCAUUGCAGACAAGGUGGGGUAUGGCCAUUGUAUUCAGUUUUAUUUCCAAAUGUUUUGGAGAUUUGUGUUGAACACUUUGAUUUACAGAAUGCGCGUUCCUACUGCACAACAGAAUCGUACCACCUUCAAGGGCCUUUCUCUGUUACUCAUUGGUACGUCUCAAAAGUCGUGUGCAGCUAAAAAUUCAUAGAUCGAUCAUAGCACGUGAAACAAGUCCAGCAUUUGAAGUCUAUUUUUCCUUCGUUUACGGCAAAGUUAAAAUCAUUAUCUAUGCUUAUCAGCGAUUUCGAUGCGCACUUUACUUAAAAUAAUUCAAAUUUACCAGAAGAAAAACAAAUACAGGAACAUUUCAGAAAUGUGAUGGGAAAUCAUGUCAGACAUCACAGUCACGUUUGUCAUGUCAAGUGAUCACGUUUGAACAUUAGUGACUUGAUUGCACUCAAUUACGUAAUGUCAUGCAGAAGCUUUGAAAACAUCACAAAAGGGUACUCGACUGCGUUCCAAAGGAAAACUGCUUUAAACUAUUAUCAUUAUUACCAUAAAGAAUGCUACAACCUCUCUGUACUCGUUUGUCGGCCGAAUGAUCGUAAGAGGCGAUUGGAUUUCGACAAGAAAGGUUUUUAAGAGUUACAAUUUGAUGUUGGCUGAUUUCAUUUUAAGCGAGGAGUUAGAUGGCAGAGGACUUUAAAGAUAACAGAAUUCAAUUUCAGGGUGAUAUAAUAGUCCCAAGACCAGCGGUAACUGGCAUUCCAAGGUCUUGUAAUGUUACUAGUAGUGCCAGCUUUUCACCUGGAGAAUCCAAGCACCCUCAAAGGGGUGGGCAUUAUAGUACCUCUCCAUCAACAUCUGGUGAUUUGAUAUCAAAGGGCAGUUCCGGAAAUCACACCCACAAUCACCAUCAUCACAGACACCAUCACGGCAAAGGAAAGGUCAAGAAACAUUAUAAUGGAAGUUCAGACCGCUUCAGCCGCACUGCCUCUGUAUUGCGACAGGCAGGGCUUAUGAAACUUACCCUGCAAAUUGCUCAGUUGAUUAAAACUAAUGAAGAUCUUCAAAAAGAGAUUGAUGAACUGCAAAGCCAAGCCCUUCAAUUCAGUGAAAAUUUAAAAAGCCAAUUGCAGCAGAAACUACAAGAUCAAAAUGGGACCAGUGAUUUACAAGCAGGAACUAAAUGAGGGACCAUUCAUUAUUUAUAAAAGGGGUGGGGAUUAUGAUGAUUUACUUUCGAAGGUAUUGUGUCAAAUUAUAAUACAUUACUCUCAUAAAAAAUAAAACAAUAUCUUAUACCACAAAUAGCUUUCUUUUUUUUGGAAAACAUAAGAUUUGAAAUCAAUUUAGGAAAUCAUUCAUGAUCAUGAUUGUGUACAAUGUAGUUUUGGUGGUCACAUUUUGUGCAUGAUUUCUCUAGGACAAAAAAGGAAAAAAGUGGAUCCUUACUACCAUAGGAAAGGAAACAAAGAAACCUUAACAUUUAAGAGUUUUAAGUAUGUGACAGUGUGUAUAUAAUUGAAUGAGUGUGUGCCUGUGUGGUGGAGAUGGUCUUUUGAGAAGAGGGGUAAGUUGUAAGUUAAGACAUUAAAUAUUAAUUGAUAGUAGAGUGGGCCUUAAAAAUAACUUUCAUCAUGACAGGGAGAUAAGGGAAUAGAAGGUACAGUUUGCCAAUGUCUUACCGAUCCCUUGCCCCCUUGAAAGAUAAUAAACAGUCCCAAACCUCUCACAGUGUACAGGUGGGCCACUUUGAAAUUACUAGGGCGAUAGUCAAAUGACCACAAGUAGUAGUAUGCUAUAUAAUUGAAGUAUCCUUGAAGAAUCUAUGGAUUUAUCAACUGUGGACAACUGUACUUAAACUAGGACUGAGGCUGCAGCAUAUGUUUAAAUGUGUAGAAUAUGCAAAUCUUCAGUGCAUCGAAGUACAGCUAUCAAUAGUAAAUGUAGCUGGUCAAGAAAAAGAUACCAGAAGUGCUAUGGCAAGUACCAUCCAGACCUGCUCUUUUAACAGGGUCUGCUAUGGUAUUUUUCAAAGUAGUUUUAGACCUAAGUUUUAUUUUAGUCUUUUUCUCAAAUCUUUUCAAGCACAACUUAAAGAGUCAUUAGAACACGAUACUUAACUAAUAUCUUCUUGAUUGCUUGUCAAUCAGCAAGGUACUAAACAAGGAAUUAAGAGAUACCAGUAAGUGCAGUUGUCCUGAGAAGUAUAAAAGAUGUGUUUUUUCAUUGUAACUCCAUUAAAAGGUUUAUCAUGAUUUACUUUUGUGAGAUAUCUAUAUACACUUGUCCUUUAAUAAUGUAUAAAGGUUUUUGUUGUCAAUUUAUUUUCCAACAUGUCAAAAUAACAGCAAUAAACUCUACGUUUUACCAGGGUGUAGAACUACUACAAAGACUGUUUCUCCCUUGUGACCACAGCUAAGAAAUAAAUGAACAUUAAUAACUAUAAAGGCAACACCUUGUGACCACAGCUAAGAAACAAAUGAACAUUAAUAACUAUAAAGGCAACACCUUUACAGAAAGGAUGAAACAAAUAAAAAAAGGAGUAGUGAAACUCUAUGAAGGAAGUGAUUGCAAACUUUAACAAUACUGCAAAGUUCAGGAAGAGCUGUAUGCAAUAAAGUUGUGCAUGGAGAAUGUAAAUUUCACUGUGGAAUUUAUCUUUAAAAUAAAAUAGACAUAAUGGUUUAA